AUUUUUACAGUUUUUGCUUUUUUCCAACAAUUUGCAUGUACAAAUGAUUGUCUGCCCAAAAAAUGUAAGCUGGAAAACAAUCAACAGCUUGGAGGUCCUUUUCAGACCGUAUGGAAUCAAGCGGGGCAGUUUGCAGUCCCAUAUUUCUUCGCUCUCACAUGCAGCUUGUCUUGGCAUUGUGUUGUCGUCGUCGUGGCUCAGUUUCAAUAAGAGGCAGGCUUUUUUAUGGCAUAUUGAAUCCACCUUCGAGUAGCAGGCGGGCGCACGGGAAUUAUCUGCAGCAGCAAUGUACUGUAUCUCUUCAAUGGGGGUAGACGUAGGAAGAACUGAAAACAAGUCUGACGAUUAACUGGUUGUUUUAAUGGAAGAAACAAUAGAUUCGGGAAGAAAAUUUGGAAGGAGGCCCGGUGAAUGCCCAUGGCAGCUACAACCUCAGACCAUCCAUCCAGUGUGAGCUAGAACUCAGAGCCGUUCAUUAGCAUAGAUCUCAUUUCCACAGGCCUGUCUCAGCAAAGAGUGCACCAGAGAUAUACGCUCACCUGGAAUUGGAAGUUCCCGCGCACACAUAAGAACCUACAUGAAUGAAGUGAGGCAGACUAAGCAGCAACCCUGAGAGUCAAGGUCUUUCAGCCUCGGAGAAAGGCAACAAGAAGCACAGAUUUGGUUCUGCUUCUUUCUUUAAGAACAUGGCCUAUAGGCAGAACGCCACGGAAGACUGGGGGAACCUGCCUCAUCACGUGGUGCUGCAAGUGUUCCAGCACCUGUCCCUGGUGGACCGCGCUCGGGCCUCCUCUGUGUGCAGGAGGUGGAACGAAGUCUUCCACAUCCCUGACCUUUGGAGGCGAUUCGAAUUCGAACUCAACCAGCCAGCAACUUCGUACCUGAAAUCCACUCACCCCGAGCUGAUCCAGCAGAUUAUAAAGAAGCACGCUCAACACCUGCAGUACGUCAGCUUCAAGGUGGAUAGUUGCACAGAGUCUGCUGUGGCUGCCUGUGACAUUCUUUCACAGUUGGUAAACUGCACAAUCAAGACACUGGGGCUGAUCUCAACAGCAAGGCCUAGCUUCAUGAAUGUUGCAAAGUCCCAUUUUGUCUCUGCUCUCACUGUGGUGUUUGUGAACUCGAAAUCGCUCUCGUCCAUUAAGAUUGAUGACACUCCUGUAGAUGACCCAUCUCUAAAAGUGCUUGUCGCUAACAACAGCGAUACGCUUAAACUUCUCAAGAUGAGCAGCUGCCCUCAUGUUUCCCCUGCCGGGAUUCUAUGCGUGGCUGAUCAGUGUCAUGGUCUUCGGGAACUUGCUUUGAAUUAUUACUUGCUGAGUGAUGAGCUGCUCUUGGCCCUGUCCACUGAGAAGCAUGUGCUCCUGGAACACCUGCGCAUUGAUGUUGUGAGCGAGAACCCUGGGCAGACCCAGUUCCACUCCAUCAAGAAGAGCAGCUGGGACGCUCUGGUGCAACACUCCCCCACGGUCAGCAUCGUUAUGUACUUCUACCUGUACGAGGAGGAGUUCGACCCCUUCUUCCGCGAGGAAACCCCCGUGACGCACCUCUAUUUUGGACAGGCUGUCAGCAAAGAGAUGCUUGGUCGCAUAGGACUGAACUGCCCCAGGCUGGUUGAGCUGGUUGUUUGCGCCAACGGCCUCCAGCCCUUGGAUGAUGAGCUCAUCCGUAUUGCUGACCGCUGCAAGAAUCUGACAGCUAUCGGUCUCGGGGAGUGUGAGGUGACUUGCAGUGGCUUUGUUGAGUUUGUAAAGAGGUGUGGUGGACGGCUCAGCCAGCUGUCCAUAAUGGAGGAGGUGCUAAUUCCAGAUAGCAAGUACAGCAUAGAGCAGAUUCACUAUGAGGUCUCGAAACACCUGGGAAGGAUGUGGUUUCCAGACAUGAUGCCCACAUGGUAAACUGUUCAGACUACAUAACCACACAACAGAGAUGGUCUCCACUUGGACAUUUCAUUGUGUAGAAGAAACAUAAACACAUAAAAGACCUUUGAUUCCCUCCUCUUUUUCUGACAACAUUAUUUUGGAUUCAGUUGUCAAAUAAUGAAAAUUACUUUAAAGACUUCUUUCCACAUCCUUAGAAAAAGAGUUUCUUACGGACAAACGAGAGAUCAUGUACCUACUCUGUUUGGCUCCCCAUCAAUCAAAACUUAUUUUACUGGAAGCAAGACUUAAAAUAAAGGAGGGAAACCAGAAAAAAAAAAAAAA